AAGAGGAAAACGUGUGUAGGAGGAAAGGGGCGGGACAACCGUCAGUGCGACCGUUAAGGGUCGCGAGGGGGAGGAGUGGGGCACGAGCGCGUGCGCUGCGCGAGGAGAGGGAGGCGCACAGCACGCUCCGGGUGGUGGGGCGCGGGGAGAGAGUCAGAGCGCGCUCCGGGGUGUGGGGAAGGGAGGUCAGAGCGCGCGUGGUGACAGAUGGCGGGGACGCGGCUGCCCGUUGACAGACGUCGACGUGAGGCGGCUGGGAGCGCGGACGGAAGGCAAGAGGCGGCGAGUCCGGCGCGUGCCCGUCGUCCUCCACCCCCCACUCCAUCCACACGCACAGCUGCUGAGUGCUGGCCGGCGGCUGAUCGCGGUGAAUGAAAGUGACUGUCCGCCGGAGGUUAACACACACCGCAUGUUGUUUCCCACCCUUGUCGCUUCGACAAUGACAGGAGCUGCGUGAGCGGAUGCCUGCUGACUAAUUUAUCACUUCGGAUCUAUCCCCGCGCCACAAAUUGAUUUCUGGCCGUCAUCCUCUUAUAUGAUCGUCAAUCUUGAUUUUGGCUUUUUGCACAAUAAUCUUCCGAAUUGAUCUGCCAUGGCGGGAAGGAGCCCCACGGCAAUGCCUAAGAAAGCAUCCCGAUCCACAACCUCGCUUCCCCCGGAGCCCAUGGAGAUCAUCAGGAGGAAGGCUUGCUCCAGGAGGGUGAGGAUCAAUGUUGGGGGACUUAACCACGAAGUCUUGUGGAGGACAUUGGAAAGACUACCCCGGACUCGUCUGGGGAAGCUGAGGGAUUGCAACACCCACGAGUCCCUCUUGGAGACCUGCGACGAUUACAACCUCGACGAAAACGAGUACUUUUUUGAUCGGCACCCGGGGGCUUUCACGUCGAUUCUGAAUUUCUACCGCACGGGGAAACUGCACAUGAUGGAGGAGAUGUGCGCCCUGUCCUUCGGCCAGGAGCUCGACUACUGGGGGAUUGACGAGAUCUACUUGGAGUCCUGCUGCCAAGCCAGGUACCACCAGAAAAAGGAGCAAAUGAACGAGGAGCUGAGGCGUGAGGCUGAGACCAUGAGGGAGAGAGAAGGCGAGGAGUUUGACAACUCUUGCUGCCCGGACAAGAGGAAGAAGUUGUGGGAUUUGCUGGAAAAACCCGGCUCCUCGGUGGCCGCUAAGAUUCUGGCUAUCAUAUCCAUUUUAUUCAUCGUGUUGUCAACUAUUGCCUUGUCUCUCAACACCCUCCCUGAACUUCAGGACAAAGAUCAGUUUGGACACCCCAAUGACAAUCCACAACUCGCCCAUGUUGAAGCAGUGUGCAUUGCAUGGUUCACAAUGGAGUACCUUUUGCGCUUUUUAUCAUCACCAAAUAAGUGGAAGUUUUUCAAAGGUCCAUUAAAUGUCAUUGAUCUUUUGGCUAUCUUGCCAUAUUAUAUCACAAUUUUUCUCACUGAAUCAAACAAGAGUGUGCUCCAAUUCCAGAAUGUUAGACGAGUUGUUCAAAUAUUCCGGAUCAUGCGGAUACUACGAAUUCUUAAACUGGCCCGACAUUCAACAGGACUGCAGUCACUAGGUUUUACUCUCAGGAGGAGCUAUAAUGAAUUAGGUUUGCUAAUAUUGUUUUUGGCUAUGGGUAUCAUGAUAUUUUCAAGCUUGGUAUUUUUCGCUGAGAAGGAUGAAGAUGCUACCAAGUUUACAAGCAUUCCUGCAUCUUUUUGGUGGGCCACUAUCACCAUGACAACUGUCGGAUAUGGGGAUAUAUAUCCUAAAACGCUGUUAGGGAAAAUAGUUGGGGGUCUUUGUUGCAUUGCUGGAGUACUGGUGAUAGCUUUGCCAAUACCAAUCAUUGUAAACAACUUCUCAGAGUUCUACAAAGAACAGAAAAGGCAAGAGAAAGCAAUUAAGAGACGAGAAGCCCUUGAAAGAGCCAAAAGGAAUGGAAGUAUUGUCUCAAUGAACUUGAAAGAUGCAUUUGCUCGCAGUAUGGAACUUAUGGAUAUUGUGGUGGAGAAAGGGAAGGAUAAUGCGAUUAAACAAGAAAAACCCAUAGAUAAUCACCUUUCACCAAGCAACUGGAGGUGGAGAAUGUCUGAAACAAGCUCUAAUAAAUCCUUUGAGUCUAAAUAUCAGGAGCUAAGCAGGCAUAACUCAAGUGAGCAGGUAAACAAUCGCAUCCCUAGCCCACAGCAUCUGAAUGCGCAAAAGCUGGAGGAAAUAUAUAAUCAAAUGACAAAGACACCAUCUCAGCCAAACGUUAACAGCAGCAAGAUAGAGCAGUCUGUUAAAUCAGCUAUACAUGAAGAAGAACUAGAAAUGGAAGAAGUUCCGUACUUAAGCGACCCGUUGCUCACUGCUCCCGUAGAGCCAAUAUUAGACAUGCGGAGUAUCUCGAGCAUUGACAGCUUUGCAAGUUGUGCCGCUGACUUUACUGAAGCUGAUAGGUUUCCACACCCUUCGAAAAUAACUGAGCCAGUGCACUUGAGAUGGAUGGCUUGCCCUGGUUCCCUUAAUGAGCAUCAGUCUUUCAUUACCAGGGAAAACACCAAGUUCAAAGAUGGUGCUUGUGAACUCAAUGCAAAUGAAACUUUCACUUUUGCCCAAGAGCAGCCAGGGUGCUCUAACUUCAAUAGCACAUUGGAAAGCCCCAAGAGCUCACUGAAAGGUAGGAAUCCUGUGAAAUCUAGGUCGCUUAAAGUGAAUUUUAUGGAAAUGAAACAUGACACUCCUCAGACACCAUCUAGUACAAUUAGACCAUUACCAGUAAUAGUAACAGAUUUAUUAUCUACACCUAAGCAUAUCAGCACCACUUUGCUUGAGGAUAAUUCUUCUCAGGAUCAGAGGCUACCCUUGGGAACUGACAUACCAGAUUUCCAUAAGACAUCCAGUAAAGAAUCACCACAACUACUGCCUAAGCAGAGACAUUUUGCAUUCCCAACACCAGGAACGGAGGGUUGUGUCAAUACAGAGAGUGGUAUAGGUGAAGAGUUACUGGUGAAAGAAGAGGCACAUCAAACUAACCAGCAGGAGAACAGCUCCCUUGGGGAGCAUGAUAAGCACAGCAAGAAUGAAAACCAUAUCAAAAAUGUGUGUGUGGCAGAUGCUGUUUCUCCAAAGUACACCAGUCAAAACUGCACACACAUUGCAGCAGGAGAUGGCAGUAAAGACGAUAGCCACUCUGGAUAUAAAAUGGAAAAUCACAUGUUUACACCAGAAAUUCAUGUUACAUCGGGGGAAGGUGGUUAUUCUUCCUCAUGCGAAACCAGCAUGUGACUAUGGAUAAAAUAAUAUUAAUAUUUCUGAUUCUUUAAAACUGCUAGUUGGAUGAUGCCUGUUAUUAACAAAAUAAAGUGGCAUAAUUCUUGUGCCUAUGAUAUUUUUGCAUGGCAUGAUGGAUCUUUUAAUCAAGCCACUGUUUGACUCAAAAUGUUAGACUGCUUUCCGGCAGACAAGGGAUUUGAAAACAGUGUGGCAAAACUCAGGGUUCCUUGUGGAGCCCAAGUACUGUAAAGUUUAGAGAUGUUUUCAUCUUUCCACUUACAAGACCAGAAUCAUUUUAUGCUACUGCAAAUUCACUACACUGGAAUAUUUUAGGUUUUGCACAAAGGGAUGACAGAAUGUAUGUGCAUGAAUUAGAAACCAAUAUGAAAGAGGUGUGUAGAGCCUGUAAGUGUAAUUAUUUGUAAAUAGUUGGGGAAUUCAUAAAACAAAGUAUUCAUAGAAAACAAUUAUUCUGAUGCGCAAUCAUUUUUUCUUUCAUAGCACAAUACCUGGAGGAGGUUUCUAAAAUCUUGUUGCAACUUGCAAACAGAAAUGACAUAUUGAUCUGGAGUUUCCUCCUGUUUUGUGCACAGAUAAUCUGGGUGCAAAUAAAUUAAAUACUAUAAAUGGUUGCUAAAAUUUGUUUUUAAGCGACUUACUCUCACAGCUGCAAUAUGCCCAAUUCUCUGCAAUUUUUUUUGUAUGACUUUUGAACUUUGCACUGAAAUGCAUCUCCACUUACAAAAUUAGCUGAACCCCAGAAUCAGAACACGAGUUACCUCCAACUGUGCUUUCCCAAGGAUGGGGUAAUUCAUUGCAUUGUACCUAAAUUCUCACUUACAUGUGCGCGCAAGGCCAUAUAAAUCCAUUGCCAAAUAUCCGACUGGCCAAGAGCUCACACAUUAUUGGAAAAAAAAUUUGGAAAAUGGCCUAUUUUAUGGCUGUUCCUUCAAGAAUGAAAAAUUAGAAAUGCUUCAGAUUACAUGCAGGAUCACAAUUAACUAUUGUGAAGUUAAUGCAACAGAGAAUCAAAAUAAACUGAUCAUUUUGGCUCCAGCAAUUCUGAAAGUGCAAAGUUUCUCCUAAAAUGAUAUUUUAUCCCAUCCUAUUGGUAACUUGAUGAGAGCACAUCAAUUGCACAGUUGUUUGCACUAAUUCAUGCGAAGUUUUACAUUAAGGCUUAUGCUUAUUAGCUUGUAUGGAGAUUUGGAUGUAAUUUCACCUCAACCACACUGAUGCAUUGUCAAGUGCCACACUGACAAAUGGAGGAAAUUCCAGGACAUAUUUCUAUCUAUCCUGAUGGAGUAUAUGUUCGUUGAAAAAGAUGGCAGAUUUACUUAGGCGAUAUUUAUUUAUGAUAAGAGAUGAUCACAAUUGAGAUUUGCAUAAAUCUGUUAGUUUAAUAUAUUUUUGUUAUGCCUGAGUUUUGAAAGAAUGGAGAGGAUUUAAUGACCAGGAAUCAGAAUGCAUAGCAUUAGUCUUUCAUUGGUUUACCUUGUAUUGAUACUUGCCAAAUAGUCAUUACAAAUGGAUAAACUGUAUUUUUCUUGUCAGAAUUAUAUUUUUAUGGGUUAUUUGAAUAAUAUAUUUGUGUAUUUUGGAAGACCCAGGCUACCACAAAGGUUUUAAAGGGUUUUCAGGGGAAUAAUUAUGUAUUGAUGUCCUUCUAAACUUUGCUGACUCCAGUAUUAAUGUUCGGUGUCUGCCUAAGUUAAUGUCCAAUACAACUUGAAUAAGUAAAUGUAUAUUUCACUUAAAGUUGAUAACUGACAACUAGUCAAAAUUUAAAUUGCCUAGUGUCCAUUUUCCUAUGAAACCAUCUAAGUUAGUUCUGAAGAUUCCUGGUGUAUGGUCAUUAAUUCUCAUCAUGUUGGAAAAAUCCCUCACUGAAUUAUGUGUAACUGAAUUGUAAAACCCUUCUUUACAAAACUGUUUACAAUUAUUUUACACAUAGUACAAUAGGAAACCACACAGUACAUAGCUAAAUUCUUGUUGCUUUUCAAAUACUGUAUUUGCUAAUAUGUAAGAUUUCACAUAUUUCAUUUGCACUUUAAUUAAUGUCAUUGUUUAAGUGCUGCACUGUGAACACUUCUGUACCAUUAAUUGAUGAGAGAAAAAAAUCUAUUAAUUUGUUUUAAUCAGUAAACAUUAUUUACAGCCAUGAUAGGAAAAUAUUCUAAUGAACUAAAGUAAUACAAGUCACAUAACCUCUGCCUGAAAUAUUAAACUGUGUUUUCCAUACAAGUCAGUAUGUUCGAACACAUUGGAAGCAUACUGUAAUGUUUUUAUUCUGUGUUCAGUCUGUGAUUUUACACCUUUAACUUGUGAAAAGAUAACAGCAUAUUUCUUUCUCAUUGAGCAAAUAAUAUAAUUUUUGCUUAUUGCUGAUAAAUAUCACUGCAGAAUACUUUCUUUUCAAAUAAUCAAGGCAAACUUUAAAUGUAAUUAUUCCAUUUGCCAGAAAGAUUGCUAUGAAGGCACCAGUAGCAUGUGAAAGAUAUUUGACUAGAUAACAUACAUAUUGAGAAUGAAAGAAGCUUUUACAACUUCUUGAAAAGGUAGCUUUAGAUUAAAUGAAAAUACCAGAGCUCCUAAUGGAAAUGUCUUCAGGGAAUGGGUUGGACCAUAAAAAGGAAGAGUGAUGGAAAACAAUUAUCACUGCUUGUUCAUGUGCCAGAGAAGAAACAUGUCGAAUACAAACAGGUGGAGUUUUCUGUGUUCCCCCUAAUGCAAGAAUCAUUCUUAUGACAGUCAAAACGUUAUCUUAAAUUCAGAUUGGUCAUUAAUAUGUAGUGAAAUCAAACAAAUUAAGAAAGAACUGUUAAGUUGUAAAGUUUAAAUGGAAAAAAAAAUAAACUUUCUGACACUAAUAACAUAUUUACAAGAGUCUCCCAAAUAAUUGAUCCUAUCUGAAGGAAAUUCACAUUGUCACAAUUAUUCAAGUGUGCAUUUAUAAAUCAAUAUCAGGUCUGCAAUAUGACUUAAAAUAUGCUCAUAGAUCUAUAUUAUUUUUCUGACAGAGCUAACGUUUUUUUGCAACACACAUUGUAAAAUAUAAGCCCUUCCUGAAGAAGGGCUUAUGCCCGAAAUGUCGAUUCUCCUGUUCCCUGGAUGCUGCCUGACCUGCUGCGCUUUUCCAGCAACACAUUUUCAGCAUUGUAAAAUAUAACCCUGACUUUAACUCUGACCAGAAAUUGUCAGCCUAAGCCAUGUGACUGUUGCAAAUGAACACCAAGGCCAGAGUACCUGACUCUUAACUCCAAAGUGAGUGGGUUCAAACAUUAAAUUCCAAAAAAAACAUGAAAUAAGAAAUCAAUCUCUGAUGAACUUGCUGACCUGUGGUUUUAAUGAGCCAGUUGUGAAAGACCAAUUCUCUCAUAGGAGCAGAGUUGGAGGAUUGAUUAUUCAAAUGGUAUGAUGAUAGUGUCUGCUGUCAUUCUAUCUGUAAUUCAAGUCUAGAUGGGUUUCCAAGAUGAAAGAAGACUGAAUCCAUGAGGUGAGUGUCAUUUCAACACUGUUGAUAGAGCAAGAGGAAAAAGAGGGUGUUUCACUUGGCCUAACAAACCAGCUAGUAACUGGCCAUGCAACCGUUAUACUACGUCCCACCAUCAAAACCCCUGGCACCUUGAGAGACCCUGGAUUGCUGUCAGUCCCCUGACAACCACCUGACAGCUCCCAGCACCAUUUAUUCUCCAACUCUCAAUCUGAUCCUUUUUUUCACCAUUGGGUCCAUCAUUGAUCUGCUCUUCCAUCCCACCAAAGAUCUCUUUAUGAUUACACACAUACACAUAUACACACACACACACACACAGCAAUUGGAACUCCACCCUCACCCUUGACUAGGAUCAUUUCCAUAACAAAGACCUACUCUGCCAUCACCUCACCCAUUAUACCAAGUUGUGCUCCACGGCUAAGAUUUGGUAUGCCAGACUUCUCCACCAACAGGCUUCUAGUCCUCUCCCUCACCUCACCCUCACCUCUUGCACCCGGAACCCAUCUCCAGGCAAGGAUCCAGAUCAGGCUUCUACCUCAGAAGGAAAAAGCAGUAAAACUGGCAAAUGGAAUGUUUUGGUCCAACUUGUAUACUUCAAAAUGGAGUUCCUUUAAUGAUAAGGUCAUUCUCAGAAUCACAGAGUGCCAAAGUGGGCCACUUGAAUCAUGGUGCCUGUGCCAACUCUCCACAUGAGCAUGAUGACUUAAUGCCAUUCUCUUGCAUUUUCCCCAUGGCUUUGUGGAUCAGAAGACUUUGAGCAAUGCAGGCUCGUGGGUGAGAAAUCUAGGAGAAUCAUGUAAGAAAUCCAUUAAGGCCUUUCUCAAAGUCAGAAGCAAGAAGUUGCAUUUUCCAAAAGUAUUUCAGGUGUCCAUACAAGAUUCUUGCCUAUUAACAAGAAUUCUUACUCAUUAUCCCCCUCAUUAAUAGCAGAUCUCAUCUCUUCUACCACGAGCAGGAUAGAAACUAGACUCUGACAGUUCUCAAAGGUGAACCUGAAACUCGCAAACACCUCACUGCUUACUCAUCCAGACCUCCAUGUUGGACAUCUGGUAUCAAAAUGUCAGCGCAUGCUCUGGGACAGCUACCCCAUGCAUCUGACAAAUGCCAGCCUCUCCCCACCCUCAUGACACAUCUCCAAUCUAUUUACCUGCACUGCACUGGCUUUUGCACUGCUAUGUUACACUUUGGAACAUACUGGUGCCUUUCAUUGCGAUGCUGCUGAAAGGAUAACAGCCGGCCAGCAGAUUAGGCUGCAUCGCAAGGUUGCUCUCCUA